AACUUGCAUCCCGUUGUUGACAAACGCAUUGAGACACUCCCGAUUUCUCGGGAGAAGGAAGCCUUGCUGACCUGCACACGGCCUACUUUUCUUCCGCCGAAAUCGAAGCGCGAAGAGAAGAAACAUCUGAGGGAGUAUGAAAAGCUGAUUCGAGGUUCACUCGAGGUCGAUCGCAAAGUGCAACGCAAGAAAUACAAGCAAGUGAACAGCAAGGCAAAGCACCUUACGAAUUCGGUCGAGCAAUGGGACAAGGCCAUCCUGCCUCAUUUUGACACGGCGAUACGGGAUCCGCGCACGCGUGCACUGUGGUGGUCAGGUCUACCGAGUAGAGUGCGUGGGCGUGUUUGGGCAACCUGCAUCGGGAACGCACUGAGUGUCACACCAGACACAUUUCGUGUAGCGUAUGAAAAGGCCGUUGCCCUCGAGGCAAGAUUGCUUCGGCCCCCGACCGGAUCAUCAGAGACAGAGGACCAGCUCCUCACGAGCGAACACUUCUUGCAACUCCGGCAAUCAAUGUAUAGCACAUUCGCCGAAUUGCGCAUCUUCCAACCUGGCGGCCCAUUACAUGAGUGUUUGCUUCAAGUACUGAUGGCAUACUUGUAUUAUCGGCAAGAUGUAGGGUUCGUGCCUGGUACGAGCUACAUUGCUGGUCUGCUCCUGCUCAAUCUUACUCCGGCGCAAUCGUUCGUGACGCUCGUCAAUCUGCUGAACAGGGCAUUACCACUAGCCCUCGUUACCCGAGAUGAAGCUGUCCUCAACCGAUUUCUGGGGACAUUCAUGAUUCGCUUCCAGGAGAAGUUGCCUCGUCUUUAUCGUCAUCUGCAUGAGGAGUUACGGUUAUCGCCUGUGCGAUACCUCUUGCCAAUGCUCUACUCUCUGUUCGCAGAGCAGGCUCCCGUGGAUGUCACUUCCCGGAUAUGGGAUAUUUACUUCUUUGAGGGUGACUUGUUUCUUAUGCGUGUUGCGCUGGCGAUUAUGGUCCAAUUGGAGCAUGCACUAUAU